CAGGAGCUGACGAUUCCCAGACACCAGGACCAGUCAGCACCCCCACAAGGACGGGGCUACGAGAGGCUCCGCCCACCUCUGUUUCUGCGCGGCAGGUUCAGCAGCUCCAUUCUUCCCCAGAGAGCCACUCCAUCAGAGGGUGGCUGCGUGCCCACUUACAAGGGACAGGGCUGAGGAUGGGGAGAACCCUGAGGACACGAAAGACAGUGCCUCGCCCAGUUGUCCUGCCUGUAGGCCUGAAGGACUUGCCCUGACGGGGUCUCAACAGCUGCCGGGAGCGCCACUGGAGGACGAGCAGCAGAGCCGAGGUUAGAGCCCCUGCUGUCCUCACUACAGCCGCGGUGGUUCACCUCUGCGCACCAGCCAGCCAAGACCGGCAGACACAGGGCACGCCCCGCACCACUUUAUCUUCUGGGAUUUUCUUAAGGAGGACCCACGGCAAUAACGCCUUUCCUCAUCUCAGCCUAAUUCGGGCUCCAUUCCUGCUUUCCAACAAAUGCUUCUGUCCAUGCUGAAGUGACGAGGACAGGAAAACAGUGCCUGCAUAGGAAGGAAGCUGGAGGGGACAAGGUCGGCAUCACUGUAUUUACAUGGUGAUUCCUAUUUCAACCCCUCGGUGUGAACAGCUCCUCAACAUGAACUACAGCCUCCACUUGGCCUUCGUGUGUCUGAUUCUCUUCACUGAAAGGAUGUGUGUCCAGGGGAAUCAGUUCAACGUCGAGGUUGGCAGAAGUGACAAGCUUUCCCUGCCUGGCUUUGAGAACCUCACAGCAGGAUAUAACAAAUUUCUCAGGCCCAAUUUUGGUGGAGAACCAGUUCAGAUAGCGCUGACUCUGGACAUUGCAAGUAUCUCCAGCAUUUCAGAGAGUAACAUGGACUACACAGCCACCAUAUACCUCCGACAGCGGUGGAUGGACCAGCGGCUGGUGUUUGAAGGCAACAAGAGCUUCACUCUGGAUGCCCGCCUUGUGGAGUUCCUCUGGGUGCCAGACACUUACAUUGUGGAGUCCAAGAAGUCCUUUCUCCAUGAAGUCACUGUGGGAAACAGGCUUAUCCGCCUCUUCUCCAAUGGCACGGUCCUUUAUGCCCUCAGGAUCACAACAACUGUUGCAUGUAAUAUGGAUCUGUCUAAGUACCCCAUGGACACACAGACAUGCAAGUUGCAGCUGGAAAGCUGGGGCUAUGAUGGAAAUGACGUCGAGUUCACCUGGCUGAGAGGGAAUGACUCUGUGCGUGGGCUGGAACACCUGCGGCUUGCUCAGUACACCAUACAGCGGUAUUUCACCUUAGUUACCAGAUCGCAGCAGGAGACAGGAAAUUACACUAGAUUGGUCUUACAAUUUGAGCUUCGGAGGAAUGUUCUGUAUUUCAUUUUGGAGACCUACGUUCCUUCCACUUUCCUGGUGGUGUUGUCCUGGGUUUCAUUUUGGAUCUCCCUCGAUUCAGUCCCUGCAAGAACCUGCAUUGGAGUGACGACUGUGUUAUCAAUGACCACACUGAUGAUCGGGUCCCGCACUUCUCUUCCCAACACCAACUGCUUCAUAAAGGCCAUCGAUGUGUACCUGGGGAUCUGCUUUAGCUUUGUGUUUGGGGCCUUGCUGGAAUACGCAGUUGCUCACUACAGUUCCUUACAGCAGAUGGCAGCCAAAGAUAGGGGGACAACGAAGGCAGUGGAAGAAGUCAGUAUUACUAACAUCAUCAACAGCUCCAUCUCCAGCUUUAAACGGAAGAUCAGCUUUGCCAGCAUUGAAAUUUCCAGCGACAAGGUUGACUACAGUGAUUUGACAAUGAAAACCAGAGACAAGUUCAAGUUUGUCGUCCGAGAAAAGAUGGGCAGAAUCGUUGAUUAUUUCACAAUUCAAAAUCCCAGUAAUGUUGAUCGGUAUUCCAAACUACUGUUCCCUUUGAUUUUUAUGCUAGCCAAUGUAUUUUACUGGGCAUACUACAUGUAUUUUUGAGUUGAUGUUAAAUCUCUUGCAUGCAAUAGGUCUUCAACAGGACAAGAUAAUGAUGUAAAUGGUAUUCUAGGCCAGGUGUGCACCCAUGUUCAAUGGUGCUCAAGUGACUAAAAUAAUAUUUGGGCCUUUCUCCUCUAAGAAUGGACGCCCAACCAUUAUUCUAAGCUGUGUAGAAGUCCUAGCAUUACAGGAUCUUGUAAUAGAAACAUCAGUCCCUUCCUCUUUCGUCAACCAAAGACAUCCCAUGGAGCCCAAGAUUACAAAUGUACUUAGGGCUAUUUACUCAGUGCCUCCCUGGUUUGCAUUUACCUCAUAUAAAGAAUGGAGAGGAGACCAUUUGG